CAACAGCCUCGAUCUCAUCGCCUAGGCCUCGUUAAAAGGUUGCUUAUUCGAGGCAGACGUGACAGGAGUUGCGGACCAGCUGGCGUAAUUUAACUUCCAUAAAAUUGCGCUUCCUUCUUUCACUUGUUGCUCGCGUUCGUCCAGUUUGAUUAGCACCAACACCUAUUAAUUUCGCUUUAUUACGAGCAAACAUGUCAGCCGACACCGUCCAUGCGGACUAUGCGUCUGUCUCCAAGCUGGCCAAGUACCCGUUUGAGCCAUACUGGCCCGAAAAGAAGCUGAAGAUCUGUGUGACUGGUGCUGGUGGUUUCAUUGCUAGCCAUCUGGCGAAGCGCCUUAAGUCAGAAGGCCAUUACAUUGUGGCUUGCGACUGGAAGCGCAACGAGCACUUUGCGGAGGAGGAGUUCUGCCACGAGUUCCACCUGGUAGACCUCCGCGUGUAUGCCAACUGCAAGAAGGUGUGCGAGGGAUGCGAGCACGUGUUCAACCUUGCCGCGGAUAUGGGCGGCAUGGGCUUCAUCCAGUCCAACCACUCCGUCAUCAUGUACAACAACACCAUGGUGUCGUUCAACGUGCUGGAGGCUGCCCGCAACUGCGGCGUCAAGCGCUUCUUCUACGCCUCGUCCGCCUGCAUCUACCCCGAGUUCAAGCAGCUUGACACCACCGUGGAGGGUGGCGGCCUGAAGGAGGGCGAUGCAUGGCCCGCGCAGCCCCAAGACGCGUACGGCCUUGAGAAGCUGGUGACGGAGGAGAUCUGCAAGCACUACCAGAAGGACUUUGGCAUUGAGUGCCGUGUGGCACGCUUCCACAACAUCUACGGGCCACACGGGACGUGGAAGGGUGGCCGCGAGAAGGCGCCUGCCGCCUUCUGCCGCAAGGUGCUCACCUCGGCCUCCGAGAUCGAGAUGUGGGGCGACGGCAAGCAGACCCGCAGCUUCACCUUCAUCGACGACUGCGUGGAGGGCAUCCUGCGCAUCACCAAGUCGGACUUCACGGAGCCCCUCAACCUGGGCUCCACCGAGAUGGUGUCCAUGAACGAGAUGAUGGAGCUGGCCAUGUCGUUCGAGGAGAAGAACCUGCCCAUCAAGCACAUCCCCGGCCCCGAGGGUGUGCGCGGCCGCAACUCGGACAACAAGCUCAUCCUGGAGAAGCUGGGCUGGGAGCCCACCGUGACGCUGAAGGACGGCCUCAGGCGGACGUACUUCUGGAUCAAGCAGCAGCUGGAGAAGGAGAAGGAGCAGGGUGUGGACGCCAGCAAGUACAGCCACAGCACCAUCGUGCAGACCAGCGCGCCAGUGGAGCUCGGCUCGCUGCGGAAGGCGGACGGCGAGGAGGGCUUCUAAGCGCGCUGCGUGUCCCGCAGCUUGUUGGCGGGCCGUGUUACGCCAUGUUGGACUGGCGGCUGUGUCUGUGGUCACUGUAGAUAACGGGUGGUGCUGGUGGUUUGGGAGGCAUUGGCAGAGGAUUCGAUGCAUGGAGGGUGGCAUCUCUUUUGUGCCUGUGACCUCUUCAGGAUUAAGGAAUUGUGAACUGCUGGUAUCAAGUUUGCCAAGGCGUCCGGAGUCGUUUAACCUUUCCCAACGGGUAAUGCUGUGGAACAAUUAACCGGGAUACUUGCAACAUUAGGAGGCGGCCCCCGCGAAUGGGCCAGGACUUGUACAUGCUGAUAUUACAUAACGUCAGAAGCGGUUAGGUUUAUGCACGCCCAUGCUCAUGCAUGCUGGAUGCGGCACUUUAUGUAAGCAGUGUUUGC